AUGGGAAAUGAUGGAGGAAGUAUUCCGGAUCGCAGGGACCUUGUCAGAACGAAGCCAAAGGCUGAGCAAGCCGACAAGGCGAACCAGACUCGAGCCCGGUGGUUCUUCUGCGCACUUUCCAAGCGACGCUUACAAGAGCCAGUCGUAUCCUGUGCUCUUGGUAAACUGUAUAACAAAGACGCACUCCUAGAAUACCUCCUUGAUAGGUCGGCGUUCGGGGAUGGUGAUACGAUAUGUGGUCACAUCCGUUCGUUAAAGGAUGUCAAAACAUUGACAUUGACCCCCAAUCCAGCACGCGACGAGCCUGAGCGACCGCAGUUCAUAUGCCCUCUCUCGCACAAAGAAAUGAACGGUGGCCAGCCGUUCGUCUACAUCUCAGCAUGUGGGUGUGUCUUCAGCCAAGCAGGCCUGAAAACGCUUUCAUCGACGUCGAAUACGGACACGCUGGAUGUGUGUCCGCAAUGCGCCAAUAAGUUCGAUAGAUUGAAGGACGUGGUAAUGAUCAACCCGUCGACGGAAGAAGAAGAACGCAUGCGGGUGGCGAUGGAAGAGAAACGGUUGGCGGAACCGGUGAAGAAGUCGAAGAAGCGGAAGGCGAAGGAUGAAGCGGCGGUUGACGGGGGCGAAGGGCCCAAGAAGAAGAAGGCAUCUGCCCCGAGCUUGAACCCGAGUAUAGCAGCGGCAAGUAGGGCGGUCGUCAAGAGCCUUGCGCAAGAAGAGUCGAAACGAAAGGCGGAGAUGAGCGAUGCUGUCAAAUCACUGUACGGGGACGGGCUGCCAAAGAAGAAGGAAACAUUCAUGACCAUGGGCACUUUCACUAGAGUGAGCUGUUCGCGAUAA